UUGCUGCUGUUAUUCUGUUGUUACAGCGGACACACAUAAUUUCCGGGAUCCCCUGCAGCCAGCCCAGCCCCCGCACUUGAGACUGUGUGCCAACCCCGCCCCUGAGCCACCUCAGGCCAGCAGUGCCAGGGCACCUCCAGGUGGACAGCACACUCAUCCUGCCACCAUGAGCACCACCACGGGGCCUGAAGCUGCACCCAAACCAAGUGCGAAGUCUAUCUAUGAACAGAGGAAACGUUACUCCACUGUGGUUAUGGCCGACGUGUCCCAGUAUCAUGUCAAUCACCUGGUCACCUUCUGCUUGGGGGAGGAGGAUGGCGUGCACACGGUGGAAGAUGCUUCCAGGAAGCUGGCCGUCAUGGACAGCCAGGGGCGCGUCUGGGCACAGGAGAUGCUACUGAGAGUGUCGCCUGGCCAUGUCACUCUGCUUGACCCGGUCUCCAAGGAGGAACUAGAGUCAUAUCCACUUGACGCCAUCGUACGCUGUGAUGCGGUGAUACCCCGGGGCCGGAGUCGCUCGCUACUGCUCUUGGUGUGCCAAGAGCCAGAGCGUGCACAACCAGACGUCCAUUUCUUCCAAGGCCUGCUCCUCGGGGCGGAGCUGAUUCGGGAAGACAUCCAAGGGGCUCUGCAGAACUACCGCUCUGGACGCGGGGAACGCAGGGCGGCAGCGCUCAGGGCAACGCAGGAGGAGCUGCAACGUGGCGCCUCUCCCGCCGCAGAGACCCCGCCCUUACAGCGUCGUCCGUCAAUCCGCGCGGUGAUCAGCUCAGUGGAACCAUCCACGGACCGUGGGCGACCCCAGGUGGAGCCAAUUCCAGAGACGGAGGAAGCGAGGAGACCCGGCCCAGCUCGCACUACUACAAGCAACGCUAUCCCGACCUCCCCAGACCUGGGCCCGCGGGGUCCUGAGCUGGCCGGUCUGCAAGCGGAGCGGGACGUGGAUAUCCUGAACCAUGUGUUCGACGACGUGGAGAGCUUCGUAUCCAGACUGCAAAAGUCGGCAGAGGCUGCCCGGGUUUUGGAGCACCGCGAGCGCGGCCGCAGGACUCGACGCCGAGCUGCCGGAGAGGGCCUGCUGACGCUGCGAGCCAAGCCACCCACGGAAGCUGAAUACACCGACGUGCUUCAGAAAAUUAAAUACGCCUUCAGUCUGCUGGCCCGACUGCGGGGCAACAUCGCCAACCCCUCCUCUCCAGAGCUGUUGCACUUUCUGUUCGGACCUCUGCAGAUGAUUGUGAACACAUCAGGCGGCCCUGAGUUCGCGAGCCGUGUGAGAAGACCGCACCUGACCUUGGAAGCUGUGGCACUGCUCCGCGACAAUGUGACUCCUCGCGAAAGUGCACUAUGGACUUCUCUGGGGGAGUCCUGGACCCGCCCAGGGGUGGAGCUGCCCCCGGAAGAAGGAUCUCCAUACAGUCCCGAAUUCCACAGCGGCUGGGAACCUCCAGCCACUGACCCUCAGGGCCGCGCCUGGGAGGACCCAGUGGAAAAACAGCUACAACAUGAGAAGCGGCGCAGGCAGCAAAGCGCCCCUCAGAUCGCUGUCAAUGGUCAUCAAGACCCAGAACUGGAAGCUGAGUCCCAGCUAGAAGAAAGAACCAGAAAGUGGGUUCUGUGUAAUUAUGACUUCCAGGCCCGAAAUAGCAGCGAACUGUCUGUCAAGCACCGAGAUGUGUUGGAGGUCCUGGAUGACAAGCGCAAGUGGUGGAAGGUUCGAGACCAUCAGGGACAGGAGGGCUAUGUACCCUAUAACAUCCUGACACUUCACCCUGGACCUCAGGUGCAUCACAGCCAACGUCCUGCAGGAAACCUAGAGACUAGUACUCCUCCUCCCCCACCCGCACCAGCUCCAGUCCCUGCUCAGGUGCGGCCCCACUGGGACAGUUGCGACAGUCUCAACAAUUUGGACCCCAGCGAGAAGGAGAAAUUCUCCCAGAUGCUCAGUGUCAAUGAGGAGCUGCAGGCGCGCCUGGCGCAGGGCCGUUCGGGUCCCAGCCGGGUAGCCCUGGGACCCCGCGCCCCGGAGCCCCAGCUCAGCCCGAGCUCUGAGGCCUCGGUGGUCCGUGCCUGGCUGCAGACCAAGGGUUUUAGCUCUGGGACUGUGGACGCCCUCGGCGUCCUGACCGGUGCACAGCUCUUCUCACUGCAAAAGGAAGAGUUACGGGCAGUGUGUCCCGAGGAAGGGGCUCGAGUGUACAGCCAAGUCACCGUGCAGCGCGCGCUGCUGGAGGACAGAGAAAAAGUGUCAGAGCUGGAGGCCGUGAUGGAGAAGCAAAAGAAAAAAGUGGAAGGCGAGGCCAAAACAGAAGUUAUUUGAUCCUUCCUGGCUCGUUCACAAAACAUAAUGAGAUGGCGGGGUUCCCAGCGCCCCCUAAGACAACAGUCGCCAAACUCCUCCCCAUCACCAGUGGCAAUAGAAGUCCUGAAGGAUCGCCCAACCUGGUCCUCCCCGCUAACCCAGCGGGCAGACUGCACUGACUGUGCAGACUGGAACCCCCCGACCAGUGGGAAUGGGCAAUGGGGCGGAGCAGAGAGACACUACCAGAGAGGCACGCCCAAAAGGCGCGGAGGGCCCUGUGCGUUGUGAUAUGCUAUAAACAGCCUCCUUUUUAGGCCAUGUCACCUGCUGUCACCAUCUCUUGUCGGCUACCAAGGAGCCAUGAAUCUGAGAAUGCCCCACGUUUUUUCUCCAUAGUCCUAGAGACUCCAGUCUAUCCUCGCAUUAGCCCCACCUACAACCUUUUCGUGUUCAAAAUCCUUCCCUGGCUCCUCGCUGUUCUGUUCUUUCACCUGGUAUUUGAAGCCUGGGGUUUUUCUUUCAAAUGCCUCGUGUCUCCACCCACUCUGCAUUUCGGCCCAGCCCCUUUCAGCUACAGGCUUUUUCCACUUACUGUGUCUGAGAGUUGGAGCAGCCUUCAUCAUUCUAGGUCAGCUCACCUAGUCACAGUGUGGACACCUCUGCCCACCCUCUAAUGAUCUAGCCGUGGAGAUCUAGAUGCUUCCUGGGCAUGCCACAGGCUCGUGGGUCUUUCCGCCCCGUCAAGAAUUUUUUUCCUGCCAAGCCCUGCAACUUGCCCAGGUUAUGCAAGUGGAUAAGAGCCGGUUUUCUCAUCCAGGCAAGAUAUCUCUAAGACCUUUCUUUUCCCUGCAUCUUUGAGUGCAUUCGGCCUGUAGUCCUGGCGCAGUCAGUCCUUACCUGGGCCACCAGGUGGCGCAUCUCAGAUCCGCCCCAAAAGAGGCAGCCUUAGGCUGACAAGUUCCCUAGGCCCCUUCUAGAACAUGAGCCACUGCUGAUCUCCAAUACGCCUUCCCUGUCCAUUCUCCUGUACAUGUGAGAAACCCUAACUCCAGCAUGACAGCUGAUGGCUUAUGACCCCUCUGGGCUCAAGGCACCCUUCCUCUCUCUUCGGGACUCCACGCAUUGGUUCAUGCUGUUGUUGGCUCUGCCAGGGACAUCCUGGCCCUAUGGAGUCUGAUCACUGCCUGGGAUGCCAUUUCUUAUGUCAGGGUUGGUUGGUUAGCCGGUUGACUGGUUUGGGGACAGUCUGUAUAUAGCCCCAAGUUCUCGAUCCUCCUGUUUCAGUUUCCUGGAUGCUGGGAUUAUUGGCAGGUACCCUGCUGCCACCCUCUUUUCUAAUAGAGAAACCAAAAAUGCAAGCAGUUGCCCAAACUAUUUUGAAUUCCUGCAGUGAGCUCCCAGGCUGCAGGCUGAAAUGCAGGUAGGAACCAGCUGGCUUGCUGGACCAUCAGGUGCCUGUGGCUCUUUGUGGUCUGAAUCUGAACCUUUUCAUCUCGGCUUUCACCCUUUGUGAUCACCUUGUCCACUCUCCUCCAGGCUACAGCCAGCUAGGGGAAGCUGUUACAGCUCAAGUCAGAACCCCCACCCCAGAGCUCACGUUCUUAGCAGAGCCAUGAUCCUGUACAGAGUCAUCACCUCUGCUACCCUCUGCUAUCUCCCUUCAGUCACAAGUUUCCUUGGGCACCAAAGCAUGCCAGGCCUACUAUACCCCAUGCUGCACAUGUGGUUCUCAGCAUGCAAACAUGCUUCCCUCAAAUACAUGGCUCACUCUGCCACCUUCUAGUAUCUGUCUGUGCAGCUUGUCGUGGAGCCUACUUUUGAUUACUAUCAUAAAUUCCACACACAUACAUACCAGCUACACAUGUACC